CCGUCGCGUCCUUCCGACCGUUAGCGCGGUUGUCUUCUCGGCCACUUCUGGCCGCCGCCGCGCUCCGGCCGGCCCGCGUCAUGUCGCAGAGGCCGAGGGGGCGCGGCCGCCCCAGCUUCCAGGCGGAGCACCGCGAUGAGGACCGCGGCGCGGACCCCGAGGCCCCCAGCACGUCCCGCGCGGCGGGCGGCGCGUCCCAAGGCGCUCGCAGGUCCCAGGCCGCCCCCGCCCCGGGGCCGCGGACGCAGAAGCAGCUGGAGCUGAAGGUGGCGGAGCUGGUGCAGUUCCUGCUGAUCAAGGACCAGAAGAAGAUCCCGAUCAAGCGGCUGGACAUCGUGAAGCACGUCAUGGGGGACUACAGGGACAUCUUCCCCGACCUGCUCAAGCUGGCCGCCGAGCGCCUGCAGUACGUGUUCGGGUACAAGCUGGUGGAGCUGGAGCCCAAGAGCAACACCUACAUCCUGAUCAACACGCUGGAGCCGGUGGAGGAGGACGCCGAGGUGCGCGGCGACCAGGGCACGCCCACCACGGGGCUGCUGAUGAUCGUGCUGGGGCUCAUCUUCAUGAAGGGCAACUCCGUCAAGGAGACCGAGGUCUGGGACUUCCUGCGGCGGCUGGGGGUGUACCCCACCAAGCGGCACCUGGUCUUCGGGGACCCCAAGAAGCUCAUCACCGAGGACUUCGUGCGGCAGCGGUACCUGGAGUACCGGCGGAUCCCGCACACGGACCCCGUGGACUACGAGCUGCAGUGGGGCCCGCGGACCAGCCUGGAAACCAGCAAGAUGAAAGUUCUCAAGUUCGUGGCCAAAGUGCAUAAUCAGGACCCGAAGGACUGGCCGGCGCAGUACUGCGAGGCCCUGGCGGAGGAGGAGGGCAGGGCGCGGCCCGGGCCGAGCGCCGCGGCCCCGUCCUCGUGAAGGCGCGCGGAUCGCGGGGCUGCGGGCUGCGGGCGGCGGGCAGCGGGGAGCGACCUGUGCCCUCUUACUGUGUGCGGCCCUAGGCCGAGGCGCGCAGUCUGGGGAGUCUUUCUGGUGGUGCGUUUCAUUGCCUUUGGCAUCAGAGGUUUUCUAGCUUUGUAAAACUAACUGGGAAACUGUACUGUGGUUGCCAUUUGAGAAAGCACAUGGGUACAUUGUUUUGGUGCCAGGAGGUAAAAGCAGAGCUAUUGUGUGGUCUGUUAUUCCACGUUGUAAGGAAAAGCCUUCCUAAAAUUAAAAGUGUGAUUGCCUUUUA